AUGCCAUUUAGUCCUACUUCUCUCAACAGAGUAUAUUUAUCAUUAUUUGGUAUAGAUUACAUUGUUCUCAACUUUGCUUUAACACUUGAACAUCUUGAGGUAGCAUUCUAUCAGGAAGGUCUAGCACUCUUUAACGAGUCAGCUUUUGAGAGUGCUGGACUACCAAGCUUUGUGUGUGGACAGAUCAUACAAAUAAGCAAAAAUGAACAAGAACAUGAAUGUGUCUUGACAGAAACUGUCAGCAACAAACUAAAUGCAACACAGUCAUGUACAUACUCUUUUCUACUAACAGACAUAAAUUCAUUUGUUACUUUGAGCACAACAUUCAAAGGUGUUAGUACUACUGUCUAUACUAGUGUAGCAAACUUGCUGUCUGAUAGUGCUCCACACCAUAGUGUAAUUUACAGAUACACUUACAGUGCAGCUUUCGUCAUGUCAGCUAUCAAGAAGCAGAACCCAUGGUCAACGUCCUUCGAGACGCCAUUGGACAUGAGACAAGCCUUCUCCCUCGCCACGGGCUUCAUUACUUCCUGUCCAAGCACGAAUCCAUCCCUAAAUGCCAGCGCAUUUCCUCCUCUUAACGUCACGAGCUCGUCCUAUCAGUCCGGUGGAACCAUAACACUGUCCUUCGAUCGUAACGCCGCAAGUGCUACACAGACCGAUGCCAAUGCACCUUUGUUCCUUGUGUUGCUUACUGGUCUGCGAAAGCUCUUCGCUCCGCUUACCAGCAAUGCAGAUGGAACCUGGUCAGCCGCUUUGCCUGAUGGUCUGGAGGGCACAGUCUAUGCAUUAGUUUCAAAGACCAAUGGGUCUUCGAGUGAUACCGACACCGACACUGUUGCGGGCAUGGCGAUUCUCCUGUUCCCUUUCAACUCCCAGGAACAGGAGAUUAACUAA